UUAUAUUGUGGCUGAUAUCUGGCAUCUGCCACGCUUGUCGUCGGCCCCUGCACUGUCUAUACGCCUUCUUCCCCUCCAUCCUUCUCUAUCUAUAUCAUGAGUGACAACGCAGAAUACAAGGAAGCCUUCGCGCUCUUCGACAAGAAAGGCACGGGCGCUGUGCAGCGAGAAGUUCUGGGUGACUUGUUGCGUGCGCUUGGCCAGAACCCUACGCAGGCGGAAGUGGCGGACAUUAUUGCAUCGGCACCACGGGAAGUCGACUACAAGACCUUCCUCACGAUCUUGAACCGACCGGACGGUUUCAAGCCUGCAGGAACACCUGAGGAGUUCAUCCGCGGCUUCCAGGUGUUCGACAAGGAAGGCAACGGCUUUAUUGGAGCUGGCGAGCUCCGAUAUGUCCUCACACAGCUCGGCGAGAAGAUGACAGACGAAGAAGUGGACGAGCUUCUGAAGGGCGUGCCUAUUGGCCCCGAUGGCAACGUGAACUAUGAAUCGUUCGUGCGCACAAUUCUCAGCCAGUAGCCGUCUGCGCCGCCCUACUUGACGACCAGAGGCACGCAAUAUGAUGGAAGCACGGCCGAGUUGUGUCGAGGCUGAUGGAUGCAGAGGGGAGCAGAUGUAUUACGACCCAUA